AUGCUCUCACCUUACUGUUGCUUGAAACAACUGCGCAGUCUAAUCAUAAUCAACAUGAACAAGAACGACACCCAGCUCAUGCUUGCAAAUCACCAGUUGUUCUUUCAGCACCUCGAGAGCCUUACAUGGAGCACGGAUGAACAUCUCUCUCUCUCCUUCUUCAAAGAUGUGGUAGUCGACCAUCCUAGUGCACAGUCUAUACCGAUCAGAUACCUCAAGCUUACAUUCAAAGAUCACAAAGACGCCAUUCUUCCCCUGCUCUCAAAAUGCAUACAAAGUCUUCAGCUCGAGUACCUUUCAAUCAACUACUGCCAGCAGUCAGAGGCCAAGCACACCCCACAAUGUCACAAUGCUCAAGCACUCACAUCUCUGGCACUCGGCAAUGACAAUAGCAGCAUUGAAUGGGAGCGUUGCACCCUGUCCGACCCCGGGGAGUUUAUACAGUCACUGCGAGCAAUCGACACUCUGCGCCAUCUUGCUCUCUUCCCAACGAACGCCAAACACGAAUAUCAACCCGCACUGUUUGAUCAGUACCUGUCGACCAAUCACUCAUUGACGUCACUCUCCCUGCCAUUCGUUGGCCAUCGCCCAUAUCUGGAGCUGAUCGCCUGCAAGCUCAACCUUAAGCGGCUCCAAAUAGAAAUGGAUGACGAUGUUGUCUUCCCUUUCAUAAGGUCGCUGCGACUCUCAUCCACCAAGGACAUGAACAUCUACCACCAGCUUUGUGCCAUAAAGCGAGCGGCACACGCUGAGGGCCAACUCAUGCUCCAACAUCUCCAUCUCAAGUAUAAGGAAUGCCCAUUUCUCCAUUGUUUGGCUGACAAUACAGUCAUCAUUCACUGA